UUUAUUCUUUAUUUCAUUCACUACUCUAUUCACCUAACAAUGUCUUUUAAUAAUUAUAAGACAGAAGAGUAAGUGCAAUUUGUAGACUAAUACACUACGUCUGAUGAAGAAAUGAGAGAAACGGACGAAUUGUUAGACAUAGAUUAUGUGCACGCUCAAUACUCUGUAAUGAACGUUACUAAUAUGAAUAGUAUGGCCUCUGAUGAAUUAGAAGAAGUAAAUAAAAACUUAAGCAAUUUACUAAAAGACAUCCUCUGGAUUCUCGUAACACCUUAACUCCUCGAAUAAUGGUCGCCUGUCAAACUGUAUUUCUUAAAAACUGUGUUGCAUGGAUAACAUGCAUCCAAAUACUUUUUCAAAGCCCAGUAUAUUUGGUCAUAGUAUGACUUCUGGUAAGGUUUAUAUCUCUGAAAUUGUAUUUCAAAGUCCUUUUUUUUUAGUCCAACUAGCCACACUGAUUGAU